GCGGGUCCUGUAGCCGAGGGAAGCCUCCAGCUGCUCUGCCAUUGGUUUACAACUGUCUCUACGUUAUCGUUUAAAUGUCUGGCGGUGGUACCUAACCUAGAAGAAGUGCGGAUGAGAGACAGUAAAGCCUGUAUUUCAGGAGGGCUUUCUUCAGGGAGUUCUCAGAGUGACAAGAUGGUGACCAAGAGGAUCCGCUCGGAGUACAUGAAGAAGUUCAAGGACCCUAAAUGGGAGACUUACACAAAGUGUUAUGAGGAGAUGCUGAAGUACAGGCUGACCCGGAGGCUGCUGGAGCACACACACAACCCCUGGUUCUGGAGUGGUUCCGACACUGAUUCAGACUCCGGAGGAAGAAGUCCCCUUCCUCCCGGUAGGAACCAGGUUGGGGCUGAGACCAGCGGCAGGGACAGGACACAGGCUGAGCUGGAGGAGUGUGAGGGGUCGAGGAUGGACAGAGGCACAGGGACUGUACCCAGGCUUGCUCUUCAAGAGGAGGAGGAGAAUGUGUCUGCAGCCCAUGGCCAACAGCUGGAAGGUGCCAGAGAGACAAGAGUACCAGAGGAGGAGCAGAGAGAGGAGCCGAGGGAGGAGCAGAGAGCCACCAGACAGCCAGCAGUCACUCGCAGGGAGCAAGACAGAGAGGGAGACGCUGGUGGCCCACAGGAGAGCAAACCCCCCAGAUCCUCCAAACACCUUUGGCGCUCCCAGCGCGUUCGGCCCGCAGCAACACGGCAGCCCAGAGAGGACAGUAAGGACAGCAGACAUCCUUUCGCUCUGUAUGGUUCAGGAGAGAAGGACGCAGACAUUGCAAGCAGGAAGACACACAACGUUGGUCCUGCAGCUUCGACUAAAGAGAUCCAUGAGUCGGCUCUACGUGCUAAGACCAGGCGGGAGGUGGAGCGCCAGAUCCAGACGCAGAGGGCCGACCGUCGGAGAGCCAAGUCUGCCGACGUGGACAAAGCUAGAACGCUGGUUGUUCCGGAGUUUAACCCCUGGCUCACAGAGUACAUGCGCUGCUUCUCUGCUCGCUCCCGAUAGGACACACACACACACACACACACAGAAGAUAUACUUACAUCAAAGUGAUUCCAGAUGAAAACACAUAAACAAAGCCAUAUUAUUGCCCUUAUCUCCCCUGAAUACCCACAGAUGCAGAAUAAAGCACUGGGCUGUCUCUCUCUCA